AUGUGUGAUAGAAAAGUAGAAUAUGAUUAUGAACAUGCUCAAAUAUCGUGGAAACGGGUAUCAUCUGAUUCCAGCAUAAUCAAAUCAAAAAGUGGUCUUCCAAUAUUGCAGUUUAUUGCCAUUCAGAGGAAAGACUGUGGAGAAUGGGCUAUUCCUGGAGGUUUUAAAGAUCCAAAUGAAGCUAGUUCUACAGCUGUGUUGCGUGAACUUUUAGAAGAGGCAAUUAACUUUGAAAAACUAUCUGAAGAAGCUAAAAGAGCUAUUACUGAUUUCUUUAAAACAGGCAAACAAGUUUAUAAAGGAUAUGUUGAUGAUCCACGAAAUACUGAUAAUGCCUGGAUUGAGACCACUGCUUAUAAUUUUCAUGAUGAAACUGGAAAAAGAACUGAAAAUAUAGUUCUUGAUGCUCGGGAUGAUGCUGCAGAUGCUAAAUGGAUUGAUAUAGUAGAAGAUAUGAAAAUAUAUCCUACACAUAAUGACAUUAUUAGAGGUGUAUUUGAAAUGCAUUUGAAAGCUAACUUGAAUUAAUUUUAAUUCACUUACUGCUGCCAAUGGCAACAUUGCUUGUAAAUUCUGAUGAAUUUUCAAUGAAAAAAAAGGGGGGCAAACUGCUGUACAAAAUCAGAUGAUGAACAAAAUGAUAUAACAAAUAUAUCUGUAAAGAAAUCUACUAAUGGUUAAAAUGGGAAAAUAUAUUAAUUAUGCUUUUUAUUUGAAAAUAUAAUAUGAAAUGAUGUAUGAUGAUUUAGUGUUAAAAAUCUGUCCUAAGCAAGAGUUUAGGGAGAACAGAAUUUUUUUUUUUUUUUAAUUCAAUGAAUGUCCUCAGUUAUUAAAUUGGUAAGUAAUCAUAAAUUGUGAAUUAGAUUAACAUUCUAUGCACGUGAUGUGUGUCAUCUGUAAAGAAGGCCCAUGCCUAUUUUAGCUGGCUUCAUAUAAUGUUACAUGCUGUAUGAUAUGUUUGUAAUAAAUACAAAGGUAUUUAUUACAGUGUCAUUUUAAAUCUGCCGAACUUUUUUUAUAAAUAAACAUAUACAUUUUAA